CACAAGCAGAAGCAGCACUUGCUUCAACGAAGAAGGCAGCCAGUCGUCUUCCGCGCCAUUCAUGCAGGCAUUGUCGUCCUGGAUGAGCCUCCGAAAUGUUCUGCGAAACUUCCCAUCGCUGUUUAUAUAGUUGUUCUAAUUAUCGGCGCUCACGCAGCUACUUUUACUUUCCAAAAGAACAACACACUUGCUUGCGAAAUUGUCACCACCACCGUCGUGUCUGGCUAAUGAGAAUUUUGGGGAGAAAAACAAUUCUUAGCUCAUCUCACUCUCAGAUGCGACACGCGCUAUUUGUCUUGCAGAUUCGCCACGCGCAGCAUCACCUCUCGCCUCUGUCAACUGAGCCGAAUCCGCAAAUAUGCAGCUGGUCCUGGUCGUGUCGGUCGUGUGCGCGGUGAUCGCUGGCGUCGAGUCAUACGUCCCUCUGAGCGCUUACACCAAGAUCAGCAGCACCACUGCCACCCCCUUUAGCAGGGUGGAAAAUGGAACAGAGGAGGAAAAGACGAGCGAGUCACCGUGGGAGGAGAAGAUCGUCUACGGCGACAACGAGAUCAGCGUCAACAAGAGGGUGAACGACCGCUUUUUGGACAAAGAAGAAAAGCCUGUGGCGGCUGGCAGCAGGAACAAACGGCAGCCGGAAAUCACGCGACUGCCGUCCGAGUCGACGCAGGCGAAGAGCGCGAUUGCCAAUGUGGAAAGCGUAAUCAGACACGUGGAGGACGUGAUCGACGAGUACAGGAACAGGGACGCCAAGAGGACCAGAACGCGGAUUGAACACAGGGAGAACUCCUUCGAACUACCCUCCACGGACCGCAAAGCCAAGCAGCAAAAUUUCGAGCCCGAAUCGCGAAUCAUCAACCGCAAUCCGCAGCCAGAAGUCAGCUCGCCGAACUACAGCGGAUUCCGGCCCAUGACCUCGAUCGGCAACCGCCUGGCCACCUACGUCAACCCCAGCCAGAACAAUCCCUUUGUGACCGGCAGCCCCGCCCCCUUCGUCAGCCCCCAGCAGCAGCAACAGCAGUACUACUACGUGCCCAGCCGGCAGCCGUACGCGGGUAGCCCCUUUUCCCAAAGCGAAUUCACCUUCCCUGAGCCGCAGCGGCAGCCACAGACAGCCUACAACUUUCCCCAGCAGCGGCAGCCGCAGACAGUCUACAACUUUCCCCAACAGCCGCAGCCGCAGCCGCAACAGGUGUACUACCCGUCGUACUUCCAACCCAGCCCGCAGCCCUACUACCAGUACCAACGGAACAACUACCCCACGCAGCUUGUCACGCACCACAUCCCAAUUACGAUAGCCAUUCCCCUACCUAACCCCUUCGAGCAACAGGUGCACGAUCCUCACGCAAGCCGCAGGAUCAACAGCCCCCCGUCGCAGUCGGUAGCCGUCACCGUGCAGCGGCCCUCGCAGACUCCGAUUCUGGAUCGCGUCCGCUCACCAUCGCAAUCCUCCCGGCGGCCAGCACAGUUGUCUGUCAAUAUUUUUAGGCAAAAGUAAAAAUCAGGCCGUACAAGGCUGUGAAAUUAGGAUCAGUUUUCGACACACACCUAGGGUUGGGGAAUUUUUUAAAUAAGAUAAAUUUUUGUUAAUUAGACUAAAUCCGUGCUCAAAAAUACAUCAGUUUUGAAUUCACAACCCUGAAAAUAACACAUAAAGUCCGUUUUUGUGUGGAAAUAAAACUCCAGAAAACACAAUAGAGAUAUUACCGCGAGUUUCAAGCAUGAAAACCUGAAUUACAUUUAUUUUUAAGGACCAAAAUCUUAAUUGUUCAGCUCUUUAGUGUAUUAGAGAUUAAAUAGGUCUGAUUCUCAGGACUAAGCAUAUCAAAAUUAGAAAUGGUUUUAAUCUUAGAAAUAUAAGUGGAUUUGUUGAAGUUAUUGUUUUUAAAUAGUUUACUACUGAUUGACAAUGAAACCCAUUUAUGUUUGCCUUUGAAAUAUUCUGUUCACAUUGAAACAAUAAAAUUUCAAGAGCAUGUUGA